CAGUGACAGUUCAUGACGUGUGCAGUUUAAAUUAUGGCGGCAGACGUAAACACAGACUUAAAUAAUUCAUGGAAAAUGUAUUUUCCAAUAAUGAUAAAUUUCUUGAUGUCCAUUGGGACUUACUGUUUUACAGUUAGGUUGAUUCCAGGAAUAAAGGAUAAAUUUAUCAAAGCAAAUUUGUUUGGAAUUGAUAUGAGCAAAACAACCAGUGAUAAAGUGCCAGAAUCAUUAGGUGUAGUUACAGGAUGUGCAUUCCUUAUUACCAUGUUUUUAUUUAUACCUAUUCCGUUUGGAACCAGCUUGAUACAUGGCGAUUUCCCCCAUGAUGAGUUUGUGGAACUCAUAGCAGCACUCUUAUCAAUCUGCUGCAUGCUGCUACUGGGAUUUGCCGAUGAUGUACUAGAUCUGAAAUGGAGACACAAACUUCUACUGCCAACAAUAGCCUCCCUACCUCUACUAAUGGUUUACUAUGUGAAUUUUAAUUCCACAACGAUCGUAGUACCUAAACCUUUCAGAGAUUUACUGGGGUUUUCAGUAAAUAUUGGAAUUUUGUAUUAUAUCUAUAUGGGAAUGCUAGCUGUGUUCUGUACAAAUGCAAUAAACAUUCUAGCUGGAGUUAAUGGCUUAGAAACUGGACAAAGUGUUGUUAUAGCACUGUCAAUUAUUAUAUUUAAUGUUAUCGAACUGUUUGGGCCUGUCCCGAAACCACAUCAGUUUAGUCUCUAUUUCAUGCUGCCAUAUACUGCGUCCACGCUUGCCCUUUUAAAACAUAAUUGGUAUCCGUCGAAAGUCUUCGUAGGAGACACAUUCUGCUACUUCUCGGGGAUGACGUUCGCUGUCGUCGGCAUCUUAGGUCACUUCAGUAAAACGACGUUAUUAUUCUUUAUACCUCAGGUAUUUAACUUCCUUUAUUCCUUUCCACAACUGUUCCGAUUUAUACCUUGUCCUAGACACAGAUUACCAAAAUUCAAUUCGAAAAUUGAUCGCAUGGAAAUUAGCACAACGGUAUUCAAAUAUUCAGAUUUAAAUGUUUUAGGGAAAAUAGUCAUAACCGUAUUUCGAAUAUUUAAGCUUAUCAAAUGGCAAGAGAAGGACGGCUAUGUGGUGACAAAUAAUUUAACUCUCAUUAAUUUGGUUCUUUUGUACUGCGGGCCAUUGCACGAGGCUAAGCUGGUUACAAUUUUGAUAUGUAUACAAAUAUUCUGCACUGGUGUUGCAUUUGUGAUAAGGUAUCCUUUGGCAUCUAUAUUUUAUGAUAUAUAGAUGAUAUUGUGAUAAAACUUUGUUCAUAAUUUGGGAAUAAAGAAUAAAAGAAAUUUAAGAUAAUGAUUAAAUUACAUAAAAGUUCAGAAUAUAGCAUAGAAAUUUUACGUGUUUACUUUGGACUGAAUGACAACUCAUGAUGUAAUGUUCAACUCAUGUUAAAAUUUGAUUAUUGUACAUUUAAAGACUGUUCGUAUUAAUAACAUAUUUAAAGAUUUGUCUAUUCAUGGUGUUCCAAUGAAAAUUUAUAUCCCUCUUAGGUUGAAUUUCUCAUAUCCAGUUCAACUCAAUGUUGUUCUGAAGCUAUUUCCUUGUGGCAUUUUUAUGAUUAACUUUUUAGAUGGGAAAUAAGCCACAAUUAAAUUGAAAAAAUAAUUUUAUUAACGUUUCGACGCCCAAAUCGGGUGUCUUGUCAAAAUACAUUGACAACUACACCCCAUUUGGGCGUCGAAACGCUAAUAAAAUUAUUUUUUCAAUUUAAUUGUGGCUUAUUUCUCAUCUAAAUAGUUAAGCAGUUCAACUCAAGUUUUAAACUUUACUUCCGUCAAAAUUUAGACGUUUAACUGUAGUUCAUCAAAAGUUCAGAUUAAACUUGAGUUGAACUCGACAUGAGAAAUCGGCCCUUAACCUUCGGAUGACCAAGGAGGGUAAAUUUGCACCUCAGCGUAUGUUUUUCUUUAAUAAAUUCAAAAGUAUUUUCAAUUUUUAACUCAUUAUUUUUUUAUUUGACUUUAAUAUCAUUCUAGAUAUCCUCAUAUUUUGAAAUAAAAAAAAAAUCCCUAUAUUUACGAAUAAAAAAUAUAUUCUGAAGUUGAUGUUUAGUAAAAUACCGUCUAUUAUGUGGAAUUAAAAGUAACACUGCGCGUUUUCAAAAACUAUUUUUAGACUGUGGUGCCUGUCAUGUACGAAUCAUGACAUUCCUGUCUGCCACAGUUAGUCAUUAUUAUUAUUUCCUGGCGUAUAUUAUUAUAGUUUCUUAGUAUUUUGUGUACAUAUAAGAUAUGGCCCGCAAAUAUCUUACUGAGGCUGAGUUACAGGAAAUUGUUACUGCUAGCGAUUUUUAUGAUGAUAUAGAAGAUGAAAUAGUAUCAGAAAACGAGGAUGUAUUGUUAGAUAAAGAUUUAAAUGCUGAAAACAUUCAUUCCAUGUCAUUUUUGACCUGGGGUCAUUUUUUACCCCCGUUGGUUAUCCGUGUAACAAAAAAAGGUUGGUCAUCGGAAGGUUAAACACAAAAAUUGGUAUUAUUUAGAUAUAUUAAUUACCGAUAAAUCACUGUUUUAAAUUUUAUAAGUUUCUUCUUCUUCUUGUAGUUGCUUCUUCUAUCGGGGAUUGGCUAUCAUCACAGUUAUCCGUACUUUAUUGGCGGCUGCUCUGAAAAUAUUACGAGGUGCAACUAUACCACUCUCUUAGGUUUCUCAUCCAGGAAAUUAUUCGUCUUCCUAUUGAUCUUUUACCUCUAAUUUUACCUUGCAUUAUAAGCCUUAAUAUCUCAUAUUUCGCACCUCUGGUAAUGUGGCCUAAAUAUUCCAGCUUUCUUUUUUGAUGUUCUUUAUGAUCUCGCAAUUCUUUUGUAGCGUUCUUAACACUUCUGCAUUUGUAACUCGUUGGAUCCAUGGUAUUUUCCAAAUCCUUCUAUACCACCACAUCUCAAAUGCUUCCAACUUCUUUAUAUUAUCUACUUUAGUGUCCAGCCUUCCAUUUCAUACAACAAAGUCGAGAACACUUAGUAUCAUAAGGAUCUUAUCCUCAGCUCCAGAGGAAGGGCUCGGUUAACAAAAAUUUGUUCAUUUUUAUAAAUGCUUGCCUUGCAAGUUAAAUGCCUGUCCUGAUUUCUCUACCUUGGUCAUUGUUUUUAUUUACCCAGGUUCAAAGUUUAAAAAUUAAUAAUAGUCCACAAAUGUUUAAAUUAACGAUGUUAUUACUCGAAAUGACUUCUCCGGAAUUCCAUACAAUUAGGUAGAGGUCACGUCAUUUGAGAAGGCACUAAUUUGCAUAUUAUUGCACUUGUAUAGAAGACAAAAUUUGAAGUUUUUCCUAAGCCACACCUUAGCAUUAAAUAAUUUCAAUACUGAGUAGCAAAAUUCAAUGUCAGUAACCAAUUAUCAACUUUUAAGACGGUUUUUAGACCAUUUCUAGAUGCGACAUAAUAUGCUUUGUGCCUUCCCACAUGACCCCAGAGGAAUAAUCCAAGGGAUUGAAACCUGGAUAUCUAGGUGGUCAUUAUUUAUUUGCCCCUCAUCGACCAAUCCAUUGUGUGGAAAAACGUACAUUUAAAUAAUCGAACCUGAACAGCCUAAUGAGAGAGUGCAUCAUCUUGAUGGAAUAUCUGAUCAUCUCACAGGUUAUCGUCGUUUUUUAAAAUUUCCGUGAUCAUAGUUUUUCGAUGUUUUCAAAAUUCUAUAAACACUAGUGCGUGAAACGCCAUAGCUACAGAUAUUUUUCUGAUAAACUUAGGAUCCACACAUGGCCCAAGAAUGUGCCACUUUAGCCUUGAUUUUGAACUGGGCCUUUUAUUUUUCGUUUGGUGUUAUUGAUUGAAUUCAUACUUAAAAAUUUGUCAAUUAUGUGUUGUACGUAUUGGUGCUUAAAAGAAGAAGUAAACAACAAGAAUAUACCAACAAUAGCGGAUAGGAAAAUGUGAAACGCACGUCUUGAGUCAUACACAAUACAUAUGCAACACACAAUACACAAAUACAGUACGAAUACUCCCACAUACAGAAUCUCGUAAAGCAUAUAGAAAUAAUGCAGAAACACAUAAAAAUCAGAAUUCGGUGUACCAUAGAGCUCUAACACUUCCACCCUAAGGUUUUUUCAGCUAAAGCAUGGAUGUUCCCUACAACACUAUUGCCAAGUAUAUCAACCUCAAUUUUGAUAAGAUAUAACCUCCUUAACAUCUUGGAGGUUAUACACAUUUUCAACAUAAUUUCUUUAAUAAUCUUUUUUGAAAACAAUUUCCGAAGUGGAAACAGAAACGUCAAAUUUUUUAGGUAAAAAUGUAAUUUUCGUUAUAAUCAACUGGGGUUGAUCCCAUAUAUAAUCACAAUAUUUAAUAAUGUAUUUAUAUUUCAAAAACUAUUCAUUGAGUUGUCAUGAAAUACCAAAAAGUAACACUGUAUUAUUAGAAGUCGUUUAACGGUUCAAUUAGGGAAUCGGCACUAGACUGUUGAACAUUGUGCCUACUUAGAUCUUACAAUUUUUCUUGUUCUUUUUUGAAAAAAGCGUUGACUAUAAACUGAAGAAAAAUGUCAAGAGGUUAUUUUAGUAUAUAUAAAUUAUUAUGAGCAUCUAAAGAAAGAAAAAAUAACAGGGACCCCAAGUAAAAAUCAAACGGAAGGGGCAGAUAUUGAAACAUUACAGAGUUGAAAAAAAUAUAGAGAUAUUAAUGAGUUUGUACAGAAUAUAAUUAUUUUUGUUAAAUUGCACCCAAAAUCCUAAAAGGAAACAUGGAAUAAGUAAUAAAAUCUGAAAAGACCGUGAAGGCAAAUGUAUCGUAUGGGAUUCCUAUAUAAUUAUCGAACUGAUUCUUCUUUCUAAUGUAGAGAUGACUCUGUCUGUUUUUCUGAUGAUCUACUCGUUUGGUUAGUCAAAAUGCAUCAAAGUUUUACAAUAUCUCACCCUGAAUUACAUUUGAUAUUUGAGAUUGUUUUGUCCAAAUCUGAAAGAUUUAUGGAAACCAACAACCUCAUAUUACGCGUACUUGCAAAGUACGCUUAUGCAUGUUGAUUGACCAUAAAGAAUUUUUAUCAGAAGGGAUGAAAUAUUUUAACUCAAUUUUUGUUUUAAUACCUAAAUACGUUUUGAUGUUUUAAUUUUAAUUAACCAUUUUUACUUUAUAUCUUUUAUGAAGUAUGCAGUGGUACUAAUAGAGUGUAAUAGCUGAUUACCAAUUUAGUACCUAAAUAAAUUUCAGUUUAUGGUCAGUGCACUAAUUUUUUGUUAGCAUAAAUUAAUCAAUAGGUAGAAUUGGAAUCUACAGGGAUAUUACUUUUAUCUAUAAAUGUUACCGAUAGAGAUUUACGUUACGCGCCAGCUAAGAAAAACCACUAGGUUGAGAAUUACAUUUCUUCAUGUUUCUAUCUUAGAACCAUUUCAUUUGUAGCAGUAGCUCCAUCUUUACUCUCCAUCAUUUAUAUCGUACUAAGUUUUAAAUCUUUUUCUUUGAGAGCUUGUUUCCAAUUUCACUUUAGCACUUUAUUUCCCACUAAGACGUCAUCAUCAGAAUAUAUUAAGCACCGUCAAAUGUUACCCUGUAGUUUCUGAUUCCUGAUACACUGAGCCCUGAUGCAAUCCUACUUUCACAUGAAAUUUAUCAGUCCUUGCAACACUUGUUACACCCUAAUGCAUAUAUCCACAAUCUGGGACUUCUUUUUUAUUGAGUACUUUCCACAGAAUCUCUCGAGGAACUUUAUCAUAAGCUUUCCCAAGAUCAAUUAAUGACAUACAGCAUUUGUUUCUUUAUUACUAUAUCUUUUCUAUCAGCUACUAUACUGAUUAUUUCAUUCAUAGGAGAUUCUGACCAAUAGAAAGCUACAGAAAUAAAAAUUAAAGUGAUAAUUUUUGAUAAUAUCCCGUCGUCAAGCAUUACUUCAGAUGCCCUUCGUUACUAUGCAAAAAUGAACAUUCAGUGACAUUAAUGACAAUUAAUGCUUUACAACUUGUCACAGAGAACACCAAGAAACACGUUUAGCAAAUAUUCAGGUGAAGAUAUCGACAAAAUAUUAGUUAAAAUUAUUUAAAAAGACAGUUUUAUUCAUGAAAUAAUCUUAGCGAAUUACCCUCGAUCUCCAAAAUUAUUAUCGACUUGUUGCCCUCGUGCCACUUUGACAUAAUUUUACUCCCCUUCGGGUCGUGAAAUUAAAACUGUCAAAGAGCUCUCGUGCAAUUAGUACUGAUAAUUGCAUCUGUUAUUGAUCUGCCUUACAUGGCAUUUGAUUCGCAUCAAAAAUCCUGUUAUCCAACUUGUUUUCGUUAUAUUCUCUUCUAAAGCUAUGCACACUUUUUCAGAAAUACCAUUUCGGCCAACUGGUUUAUCCUUCUUUAUUUUUUGAAGUUCUUGAGCAACUUCCUCGUAUGUUAUUUUGGUGAUAAUUGAUAUUGCUACCUCUGUUAGUGCUAUAACCAAAAUCCUGAUAAACUGUAGUUUUAUAUAAGAUCCUACAUUUAUAAGCUGUCCAAAGUAUUUUUUUCAUCACUUUUUGACAUCCUUUUUGUGAACCAUUAUAACAUUUUUCCUUUUUUCCCCUUUUUAACCAACCCUGCUGCUGUAACCCCUGAUCUCGACUAUCUCGAAAAUUUACGGAAAUAAUAUUUUUGAUUGGAAAUUUUUAAUAUGAUUUAGGGUUUUCGUAAGUAGAAAGGUCACUUUAGCUGAUGUUUAAUUUAGCACAGGCACAAUUCAAAAACUUGCCAGCACUGAUUAACGUAUAGGAUAUGCUGCAUAGUUUUACCAGCACUUUAAAUGUACAGGGUCAUUAAUAGGUGUGAUAGAGCUCAGUUACCAAAAAUGUUAUUUAUCAAAAUUGUAGGCAGCUUUAAGUCUUAUAUUUUAAAAUUAAUUACAAUGUUAUAAGUUUCUACAAGAACGAUCGUAUUGCAGCCAUAAUGAUUCGUUUUUGAACUGAAAUGAAGAGCAAUUACCCUGAGGUGAUAAAAUAACUAGAGGAACCAAGACAACGAUAUAAUUCACAAUUCUAUCAACCAAAAAUGACAACAUAUGACAAGGUAUGAAUGUAAAAGGUGUCAUCCAUCGAAACUUUAGAGGAUAGAAUAAGCACAGAGGAAAUAUGGAACAGAAUGGAAGUAGAAUGCCCAAUUACAAAAAAGUUGGAAAACAGAGCCCUGCAGUAUACAAAAAAUGCCAGAGCACAGCUGGUCGAAAAGAAUAGGUAUCCGCCGGAAAGAAGACGGAGAGAAAAACCUGCAAUGAGAUGGAAAACUUACGUAGGAAAUGCUAUGAUAGAUAGAGACCUCAGAGAAAGUGACUGGGAGAAUAGAGUGCUGUGGAUGAAGAAGACUCGUAAUGAGAAAAAGCCGAAGAAGAAGAAGAUAGCGCUAGAUAAUUUACAAGAAAGAGGGCAUUAAAAAUUUCUGCUAGAAUGAGUUGAGUCAACAACAUCUCGGAAAAAACAGAAAAAUACAGAAUAACGAGAAGCAAAGCCAAUGGAAAACAAUUGAGGCACUCGGAGCAACAGUGGUCUAACCCCAAAAACGAAGUUUUGGGAUAAAUGGAAUCUUUGCAUUCGUACUUCCAUUAUGCUUAUGGGAUGGCGCUACAAAUUAUGUAGCGCCAUUUAUCCAGAUAUAGAGGUAGGUUGUGUAGACCCAUGUUGAUCCGAAGAUUUAAUGUUGCUGCUUUUAUUGAUAUAAUAAUCUAAAAACGCUCAAUUUGUGGCUUAGGUGACUGUUGCUGUGCGCGUCUCAAUUAUUAUUGCUUAAAUAAAAAGCUGGUGAAUAUUGACAAUGACAGACAAAAAUUAUAAAAUAAAACAAUAAUUCUACAAAAAAAAUAGCAAUAAAAAUAAUUCUAUCAAAACUAGAAUUUGAAGAACUAACGAAAUUGAAGAAGAAUUAAAGGGGCAAGUUAGCCAUAAUUCCCAAUAUUUUAAAGGGGUUACAAGCUUUUCAGUAACUUGUCUUUUUAUAACAAAUAAUACUUGUCUAACAAAUUAUAAUGUUAUAUAAAAAAUAAAUCAGUGACGUGGCUUUUAAAUUAGGGAUUUUUAUUUAAAAAAUAUGUAGUUUUACCUGACACUGCAUUUAGGCCAGGAACCGAAGCUUUUCACCUCGCAAUUUUUACAGAAUGGAUCGAUUUACUUGAAAAUUUGAGAAUAAGUAGUGGAUAGUCCAAGGAUCAAAAUCUAUAUGAUGCCGAAAGGCGCUUUUACCAUGGGGGUGGUUGCCACCCCAUCUUGGGGGUGGAAAUUUUUUAUUAUAUUUUGACCGCAAAAGUUGAUAAAAACAUUCAUUCUAAGCAAAAAAUGUCCUAUACGUUUUUUUGAUAAAAGUAAUAGUUUUCGAUUUAUUCGCUAUCGAAAGUGUUAGUUUUGUAUAGAAAAAAAUCAAUGUUUUUUGAUAUACUUACUCAUUUACGAUUCACUCAAUUUUUGCCGUAGAAAAAUUUUUUCAAACCAACUUCUUGGAAAUUAAAUAGCCUACAAUUUUGUAUUUAAAAAUUUUUUCGUAUCUCUGAUGCUAAUCUUUCUAUUCUGAAGAAAAUGGACUAUUUUUUACCAAACUACAAAAAUUGGUUAUUUGCUUUUAAAUUCAGUUUUUUAAAUACUAAUCAUUCUAAGCCAGUCAAACUUCUAGAAUCUAUUAAUAAUACAUAAAUAAAUAACAAUGAAUAAGGUCAAUGACUAAAAACACCGCUAACUUACAUUAUUAUGCUUCCAAUUGGAUUUCUCCUUUUUUUUAUCAAAAACAUAUAUUAAUUUUUUAACCGUAACUUUUUUAUUUUUCAUCUUAGAAAGUUUGGUAAAAAAUAAUUUUGUAGGUUUUUACAAGAUCUAUAAUUAUAUUAGUAUUAAAUCUUUUUAAAAUCCUCAGUCGCAAAAAGAGGUGACUUUAAAAGGGUUGGUAAAGGUGGUUUUUGCAUGUAUUACAAGUUUUAAUUGUCAAUAGCUCACUCAAUUUUUGCUAUAGAAAAAAUGUUUGCAAACCAGGUUCUUGGGAAUUAAAUAAGCUACAAUAUCAUAUUUAAACAUUUUUUCAUAUCUCUAAUGCUAAUCUUGCUAUUCUGAGGAAAAGGCCAUUUUUUCCAAACUACAAAAAUUCGUUAUUCAUUUUAACUCCAUUUUUUUUUAAAACUAAUCAUUAAGCCGGUCAAACUUCUAGAACCUAUUAAUAAUACAUUAAUAAAAAAGACCAAAUAAGGUCAAUGACUAAUUUUAAUUAGGGUGGUGAUUAGGGGGUUGCUUGCGAUCAGUUUUUCGCUGAAAAAAUAGGGACUGACAUUCUUUUCAUUAUAAGUCACUUAAUUUUUGAGCUGGAGACCUUUUUUUUUACUUCUGGAGAUAGAUAUUUGUAAGUACAGUGGAACCUCGAUAACUCGGAUUAAUCGGGACCACGACCGAUCCGGGUUAUCGAAAAUCCGAGAUAGCCGGAGAAUAUGGUAAAAAUUAAUAAAAUACGGUAUACUUACAGAUAAACUCCGUUAGAAUUGAAAUAACAUGAAAUAUUUUUAUAAAUAUGCACAGUACAUAUUACCUACUCAUUACAAUUCUAAAAAAAACACCAAACCCAAACAAUACAAGACACACAAUACUAAAGACCAUUGUUUAUAAAAGAAUUUUUUAAAUAGUCUUUCCUAAACAAUGCUGACAGUUUGAAAUAAAAAGGAAUAGAUACUACAGACAGCUGGCUGUUGUUUCUGAGGCGUGUACUAUGAGUAAUUUUUAAUCUCGUGUUCAAAUUACACACAUAAGUACACGACACAGAGAGUCUAGACACAUUAUCUCUCAAAUAUUAUAUUACAUACACUUUUAUUGUUGAAAGGAUUGUCUGAUAAUUAACUAUUUUGAUUGGAAAUAAGCCACAAUUAAAUUGAAAAAUACAAAAUAUUGAAAAUCAAAAUGUUUAUCUGAUGAAAAUCGGUCCGGGUUAGCCGGACUUCCGGGUUAUCGGGGGCCGACUUAUCGGGGUUCCACUGUACUUUAAAUUAGUUUGACCAAGUUGUCCUCGAAAAAUGCAUAGUUUUCCCGUCGUUCGACUUUGAAACUACAAUAUUUAGCAUUUGAGGAAGAAGAGCCAACAUAUAAUACAGUAUAACUCGAUUACUAUUGGCCUUAAAGAAAAUAAAAAAAAACGGUUUUGUUUAUUUUUUCAAAAGGUACGUUUUUGUUAAGUAAAGUUGUUUUGAUUAAACGAAAACUUUUGGAGUUAUUAGCAGAAAACCUAUUAAAAACAUUGAUUUUUUCGAUAUAAAACUAAUACUUUCGAUAGCGAAUAAAUCGAAAACUACCAAUUUUAUCAAAAAAAUGUAUUGAAUGUUUUUUGCUUAGAAUGAACGUUUUACCAACUUUUGUGAUUAAAAUAUAAGAAAAAAUUUGCACCCACGAGAUUGGGUGGCUACCACCCCCAUAGUAAAAGCGCCUUUUGGCAUGAUAUAGAUUUUGAUCCUUGGACUAUCCACUACUUAUUUUCACAUUUUCAAGAAAAUCGAUCCAUUCUGUAAAAAUUGCGAGGUUUUUUCCUAUUUUAAGCUUCAUUACUUGGACUAAUUUAAAACUUUUAAUUUUGUAACUAGAUAUGUAAUCACCUCAGGGACCGCAGACGUUCGGAUACAAUAAGCGUCUCUUUGUAAAGACAAUGAAGUCAACUUUACUAAGUAACAAGACAUUUACUCAGCACACACCACACAUUACACUAUAAUCUGAUUGCGACUGGCUGAAUGAUUAAUACCAUUAAAGCCAUUAAGAAAACUAGUGAAACUUAUGUAAAAAUGUGAAACUUAAAUAUUCCUACAAUUAACUUGGUAUCAUAAUUUGGCAAUCUUAGGGCCGGUUGUUCGAACGCUAAUCAAAAAUGAUAAUUAUCAAAUAUUUAAUUACUGUCACCAACUGUCAAUGUCAACUUUAUUUGGGUUGCUGAAAAAAUAAUUAUGGAUUACAAUUAUGAAAUUAGUUAAUCAAUUAUGUUAAUAAUUGUUAUGUUAAUUGAUUAACUAAUCUCAUAAUUAUAAUCAAUUAUGUUUUCAGCAACCCAAUCAAAGUUGACAUUGACAGUUGGUGACAGUAAUUAAAUAUUUGAUAGUGAUCAUUGCUGAUUAGCGUUCGAACAACCGGCCCUUAGUAACUUAUUUAAGGGAUCUAUUGGGAUAUGUAAGAGAUAGGUAUGUUUAAGGAAUUUACUGACCUUUAUCACGCUAAUAAAUUACUUUGCACAUGAAUUUGAUGGAAUAUUGCAUUAUUUAGUUGGUCCGCUACGUUAUUUUACAAAUUUUGCAAAUAUAUUUUCUAAUUAUUUAUAGGUAUGUCGGGCUUAGUUAUAUUUAUAUUUUACUCAUAUUGCUGGCUAAUACUUUGUACUGUAUCCUAUUUUUAAAAAUUGUUACCAAAGAAAACACAAUCUUAUCGUAAAUUAGAUAAAAAAUUCUAAAGUAAUAACCUAAGUUCAUGCAUUAUAAGCCGUAGUGUUCUAAGUGUACAUAAUAGAAAAUAUUUUUAUAGUUGCUUAUAAUUGUGACAAAUUUUUAAAUAAUUGUUAAAAAUUGUAAUAGAAAUAAACAAAUUAUUCCUUGUGUUA